AAACCACGGGUCUCCUCCUCGGACACACCCAUGAUCACCAAUAAUCAUUAUUUUCUCUCUCUUUCCCUCUUAACUAAUUGUCCGCUAAUCAAAAAGAUCAUCAUCAAAUAUUAUAAACCUAAAAUCUAACCAUUCAGUGAUCAAAGGAUCUCAACAAAGAGAGAGAGAGAGGAGCAUGGAGUCGGAGGAGGAGAAGGAGAGUAGUAUAAGCAUGGUGGAGGCAAAGUUGCCCCCAGGAUUCAGAUUUCACCCAAAGGACGACGAGCUUGUCUGCGAUUACUUGAUGGCACGAUCGCUUGGUCACAAUACUAAACAACCUCCUCCACUCCUCUUGAUCCAAGUCGAUCUCAACAAGUGCGAGCCUUGGGACAUCCCCAAAACGGCAUGCGUGGGUGGCAAGGAUUGGUAUUUCUACAGCCAGAGAGAUAGGAAAUACGCGACUGGGCUGAGAACAAACAGAGCAACGGCCACCGGAUAUUGGAAAGCCACAGGGAAAGACAGAGCCAUUCUAAGAAAGGGCAAGCUUGUUGGGAUGAGGAAGACAUUGGUGUUUUAUCAAGGUCGAGCUCCCCGUGGUCGUAAAACUGAUUGGGUCAUGCACGAGUUUCGUCUCCAGGGUUCCUUUGAUCCUCCUACUCUGAACUCUCCAGAGGUACAGGAGGAAGACUGGGUCCUGUGUAGAGUGUUCCACAAGAACACACAAGGAGACAACAUGGGAAGCUGUUUUGACGAGACAGUCUCCGCUUCUCUUCCUCCACUGAUGGAUUCUUACAUCAACUUUGACCAAGAACCCUCUUCUUACCUCGGUCAUGAUCAGCACUUCUUCACCAAUGAGCAAGUGCCCUGCUUCUCCAAUUUGUCACAGAACCAAACCAUACACUCAAACCUAACCGACUCAGUCUCUGAACUCGAGACUCCUUGCAAGAACCCUAUCCCCUUGUUCACUGGUGGUUCAUCCCCCGCCAUGCUCCCAGGGCUAGAUUCGUUCAGUUCAUCAGAUCAGAUGGUCCUCAAAGCUCUACUCAGCCAGCUCACUAAGAACGAUGGAGGCAUUGAGGUCAAGGAAUCACAAAGUUACGGGGAAGGGAGCUCCGAGAGCCUCUUGACCAACAUUGCCAUUCCAAGCACUGCUUGGAAUUGAUGACGAUGGUCGAGUGUAGUAGUGUGAGAGUCAUUAUUGCUAUAUUCAUAUUCAUGAUUGGAACUAUUCUUCAAGGGUGCGUGUCUGAUUGUACAAACAUUUCCCUCACUCUUGUUACAACUCAUGUAAAAUACCACUUGAGACAUUAUUAUACAUAUGAAUUUCAUCAGAUAGUUCAUUU